AUGCAACCUUACAACUGCUCUUCUGAUGUAACCAGUCUGAACAGCAACAGCAGCCACGACCAAGUGCCGGACUCCUGCGUGACAAUGGACACCUUCCUGGAUAAUUACUUGGGACCCCGUCGGUCACCUGUGUUCCUGCCCGUCUUCAUCAUUUACCUGCUCAUCUUUUUGGUGGGCGUGUUGGGCAACGUGCUGACUUGCACCGUCAUCGCUCGCAACAAAGUGAUGUGGACGCCGACCAACUACUACCUGUUCAGCCUGGCGGUGUCGGACCUGCUGGUGCUGCUGCUCGGCAUGCCGCUGGAGCUCUACGAGCUGUGGCAGAACUACCCCUUCCUCCUCGGAAAAGGAGGCUGCUACUUCAAGACUUUCCUGUUCGAGACGGUCUGCUUCGCGUCCAUCCUCAACGUGACGGCGCUGAGCGUGGAGCGCUACAUCGCCGUGGUGCACCCGCUGCGCGCAAAGUACGUGGUGACGCGCACGCACGCCAAGAGGGUCAUCCUCACGGUGUGGGGCGUGUCGGUGUUGUGUUCUCUCCCCAACACCAGCCUGCACGGGAUCUCCUACCAGACCUGUACCUCCUGCAGCCACGACGGGCCUCCGAGUAUUGAGAUUCCGGACUCGGCCAUCUGCACGCUGGUGAAGCCGCAAUGGAUCUACAACCUGAUUAUCCAAGUGACCACCUUGCUUUUUUUCAUCCUACCCAUGCUGACCAUAAGUGCUCUGUACACGCUCAUCGGGCUGCGGCUAAAACGGGAACGGAUGCACCAGGCACUGGAAGCGAAGGCGAGCGCGAGCCGGAACAGCUUCUGCAACAGCCGCACCCAACAACAAAAGGCUCGACGACGGCAGGUCACUAAAAUGUUGUUUGUUUUAGUGGUGGUGUUUGGGAUCUGCUGGGCCCCGUUUCACACCGACCGCCUGCUAUGGAGUUUCAUCAGCGAUUGGACCGACGACCACCGGCAAAUCUUCCAGUACGUGCACAUCCUCUCCGGAGUGUUUUUCUACCUCAGCUCCGCCGUCAACCCGAUCUUGUACAACCUGAUGUCCACGCGCUUUCGAGAAAUGUUCAAGGAGGUCAUGUGCCAUCGGCCGCACCACGUCGGCCCGAGGAAAUACUCCCUCAGCCUCACCCGGGUGACGCUGCGCAGCACCCUCAACGACGCCCCGCAGAGCUGCGGAGCGAAUGUGGCGGAGGGCGAGGCCGAAGGAGGAGAGCAGGCCGUGAAAGAGGAGGCCACUUGCACCUGUUAGGAUUUGACAAUUACAGCAAAAAAAAAAAAAAAAAAAAAAAUGAUGGAAUCGGCAGGGGGCUUCACGGUGGCAGAGGGGUUAGCGCGUCUGCCUCACAAUACGAAGGUCCUGCAGUCCUGGGUUCAAAUCCAGGCUCGGGAUCUUUCUGUGUGGAGUUUGCAUGUUCUCCCCGUGAAUGCGUGGGUUCCCUCCGGGUACUCCGGCUUCCUCCCACUUCCAAAGACAUGCACCUGGGGAUAGGUUGAUUGGCAACACUAAAUUGGCCCUAGUGUGUGAAUGUGAGUGUGAAUGUUGUCUGUCUAUCUGUGUUUGCCCUGCGAUGAGGUGGCGACUUGUCCAGGGUGUACCCCGCCUUCCGCCUGAUUGUAGCUGAGAUAGGCGCCAGCGCCCCCCGUGACCCCAAAAGGGAAUAAGCGAUAGAAAAUGGAUGGAUGGAUGGAAUCGGCAGGAUUGGAUUUUCUUUCAUUUCUUUUCAUUUUGUAACAGAGAUGCCAGAAUACGAUAGUCAUUUUUAAAUGGCAACUUUUUUGGUUUUAAAAAACACUCAAAUAAAUCAAGAAAAAUUGGGGUAGUAACUAGAGAUGUCUGAUAAUAUUGGACUGUCUGUAUUAUCGGCCGAUAAAUGCUUUAAAAUGUAAUAUCGGACAUUAUCGGAAUCGGUU